AUGCCCAAAAAUAAAGGUAAGGGAGGUAAAAAUCGCCGCCGUGGUAAGAAUGAAAAUGAAUCCGAGAAGCGUGAACUGAUUUUUAAAGAAGAUGGACAAGAAUACGCUCAAGUCAUUAAGAUGUUAGGCAAUGGCAGAUUGGAAGCGUUUUGCUUUGAUGGAACCAAACGGUUAUGCCAUAUACGUGGAAAGUUACGUAAAAAGGUAUGGAUUAAUCAAGGUGAUAUUAUACUUCUUGGGUUAAGAGACUACCAGGAUGCUAAAGCUGAUGUUAUUCUGAAAUAUACGGCCGAUGAAGCAAGAAAUCUAAAAGCGUAUGGAGAAUUGCCUGAAAAUGCUAAAAUUGCUGAUACAGGAACAAUGGAAAACGAAGAAGAAGACGAUAUCACUUUCGAUAUUGAUCAAGAAGAUGAUGAAAUUGAUGAUGUAAGUUGUCGAUAUUUACCAUACGCGUAG